ACUGAAAUGAAAUUGAAAAAGAAAAAGCCGACGACUCAUCAGAAUUCAGGUCUCGAAGAGAGAGAGAGAGAGAGAGAGAGAGAUAAACCCAUCGGUGGCAUCUCGUCGGCGGCGCGGCGGCGAGGGCUGAAGGCUUGAGACGCGCGCGCGCGGGGGGUGCGGGAUGGCGGGGAGCAGGGCGGUGGGGCGGGGAGGGAGGCCGCUGCUGGGAGGCGGAGGGGGAGGGGGAGGGGGAGGGGGAGGGGGAGGAGGAGGGAAGCGCGGCGGGGGGAGGUCAUCGUACACGACGACGGUGAUCCUGGCGGCGCUGCUGCUGGCGUCGGUGGCGCUGCUCCUCCUCCUGGCGCUCGGCGCGCUCUCGCUGCCGGCCGCGGGGGGCUCGGGGGGCGACCACGCCGGCCGCGGCCUCCCGCGCCCGCGCCCGCGCUUCCGCAGAUCCGCCGCGCUCGGCUCGGGGCUGGAGAUGCGCGGGGAGAAGGGGGAGCCGUGGACGGAGGUGCUGUCGUGGGAGCCCCGGGCGUUCUUGUACCACAACUUCCUCUCGAAAGAAGAAUGUGAGUAUUUGAUUUCAUUGGCAAGGCCUCUCAUGAAGAAAUCUACAGUUGUUGAUACAUCAACUGGGGGGAGUAAAGACAGCAGGGUGCGAACAAGUUCAGGAAUGUUUCUUAGAAGAGGGCUGGACAAAAUUAUCAGUACAAUCGAGAAAAGGAUAUCAGACUACACUUUCAUACCUGUAGAGAACGGAGAGGGUCUUCAAGUCCUCCACUAUGAAGUUGGACAGAAGUAUGAACCUCACUUCGAUUACUUCCAUGAUGAAUUCAAUACUAAAAAUGGGGGGCAGCGGAUAGCAACUCUUCUGAUGUAUCUCUCGGAUGUUGAAGAGGGUGGUGAGACUGUUUUCCCUACUUCUAAAGCUAACAGUAGCUCAUCACCAUUUUAUAAUGAGCUGUCUGAAUGUGCAAAGAGGGGUUUGUCUGUCAAACCGAAGAUGGGAGAUGCUUUGCUUUUCUGGAGCAUGAGGCCUGAUGGGAGUUUGGAUCCCUCAAGCCUUCAUGGUGGAUGUCCAGUGAUAAAAGGUAACAAAUGGUCAUCUACGAAGUGGAUGCGAGUUCAUGAGUACAAAAUAUAGAACAUCAGAAACUAGAGAUCAGAGGUUAAGCACCAAUUCAAAUUUGCUGAUUUAGUUGCUCAAAGAAAAAAAAAAGGACAUUUUUGGCACGUGCUGAGGACUUCGAUUUUCCAUAGAGAAGCAUUACAUUUUUUUAGCUGUAACCAUCAUGUUGUACACUAACUUGGGCUUAUGAACUGUGAUCGUUCCAAUGAGAUGGAUGCAUUGAGUGUAUAAAUAAUAAUUACCCUCCUAAGUCGUAAUGAAAAUCAUGAUAGAAUGCAUGAUAGACUUAUACAUUAUUUGUUCUUUCAGUAUCAUUUUAACUUUCAGAUUUUUACUCAGGUGUAACUUAAC